GUGUCAACAACAACCUGUUGUCAGUUGUUUAUUGUCUGAAUUAGAAGAGAACGGUUAACACGUGGUUAACUGUAUUUACCGAUAAAAUUACAUCGUACUGAUGUAUGUGAUUGGAGGGGAGUAUGGCCUUACAAAACACAAUACCAUCAUGGUGAGACUCAUACGGCUGUAUUCUCGCUCACGAAAAGUUCGAACCCUGCUCUUUAUUUUAACAUGCGGCUCUUUACUUGUCGUCGUAAAUUUGGCAUUUGGUUUGAAUUUGAUGAAUACAAACAUUUUAUACGACACAGAAGGCAUGAUGUCCGGAUAUAACAGCAUCUUGCCACUUCCACCAUUCAUGAGAAAAAAUGCAGCGCAGCGCGAAAUGGAAAGAAAACAUCACGAAAGGAUGGUUAUGUUUCAACGUAUUUUCGAGAAACAUUCUAAAUCGAAGACGAAUUCUAGAUCAGAAGAUCAACAGGUGUGCAGGCAUCCUCAUCUAGAUUUAAAACAUGACGCAAAUAAACACGCAUAUUAUCAUUUGCCUCCGUUAAAUUGUACAGGAAAAAGUCUGUUCAGCUUGUUAAACGGUGUCGUAAAGUUGAAUCGUUCUGUACUAGAGGGGAAAGAACUGGGUAAGUGUGUCUAUCUCGGCAUAGAGCGAGUGACGGACGAUUAUUUCACGUACACCGAAAGUUUGGAGAAAAACACUGAUCCGUAUGAUAUUAUAUUAGAGCAGGAUUUUAUCAGAAUUCAGUGUUUUUUAAAGAGUAGUGAAAGCGAGAAUAAAGAGAAAGUUGAAAUAACGAGUCACGAGAAAUCUGUUAUCUCAUUUAGACGUCGUUUGCUACGUAAUUUACCAGAUGAAAAUAAUCCAAGUGAUUUAGGGUUUGUUCCAGAUGAAAAUAAAUCAAACCACAUUCCGCACUCAAAGAAUACCACCAACUUUAUUUCCAAUUAUAAUCAUUCCAAUAACAGUUACCAUAGCAAUAACAGUUACCACAGCAAUAAUAACCUAACGUUAGACAGUGAUUAUAAACAUAGUUACCACAUCAAUAACAAAACCGAAGACAGUGUUAAAAUCCAAGGUAAUGACUAUGGUGGAAAAUGCUUUUCCCCAUAA